UGCUCCUCAAUCUGCCACCAGUCGCGGUUGCGUCUACUUUUCAUAAAGAGCUCCCGUCGCAAGCUUCUUUGAGAGAUUAAGAAUUUCAGCUUUUUAACGCGAUUUUACUUAUUUAAACGUAGGUUUUUUUCUGUUUAAAAUGAGAGUUGCGUUGGCAAUUUUGGUGCUCAUAGGGGCGAUAUCUGUAUCUAAAGCGCAGAUAUCUUUGUCCCUUCUGCACUUCAACGAUUUUCACGGAAGAUUUGAGCCAGUAAGUAUCCAAACAGGAGUGUGCCAACCAGGAGAAAAUGAGCAAGGAAUUUGUUACGGAGGAAUCGCCAGAUUGUACACAGCCAUUCAGGAAAGGCGAAAUACACUGCCUAAUCCUAUUGUCCUCAACGCUGGCGAUAACUAUCAAGGCUCGCUAAUGUAUUCACUGUUCAGAUGGAAUAUUACUUUACAGUUCAUGAAGCAAUUCAAUUUUGACGCUUCGGCUUUCGGGAAUCACGAGUUUGACGAUAGAAUAGCUGGCCUCGUUCCUUACGUUGAGGGCCUUGGAAGCCCACAUGUGGCAGCUAACAUGGAUGCUUCACAGGAGCCAACUCUGGACGGAAAAUUUACCGCAUCAAUUACAAUCACAAGACAGGGGACACCGAUAGGCAUUGUGGGAUGCAUCACAAAGUUCACUCCCUCACAGUCUAGCCCUGAGAAUGUCCAAUUCUUGGAUGAGAUUCCCGCAGUUACAGCAGAGGUCGAACGUCUUAAAGCCCAAGGAGUUAAAAUCAUCAUUUUGCUCAGUCACAGCGGAUAUACUUAUGACCUAGAAAUGGCGCGACAGAUUCCAGAUUUGGAUAUUAUUGUUGGGUCUCAUUCCCACACUUUCCUUUAUACUGGUACUCCACCUUCAAAUGACUUGCCGGUCGCCGAUUAUCCCACAGUGAUAAGUCAAACUAAUGGUCACAAUUGCUUGAUCGUCCAAGCCUAUGCGUUCAGCAAGUACUUAGGAGUUUUGGAGGUAAAUUUUGACGCUAACGGAGAGGUGACUACCUGGACAGGAAACCCUGUUCUUCUGGAUAAUACGGUUAUCGAAGAUCCUGGAAUAGUCAGUAUGUUGGCUCCCUGGAAAGAGGAGGCUGAUAAAACUGGUUUGCAAACGAUCGGUACAUCGGCGGUGUACUUGGACAAGGCCAAUUGUUAUAAUGGCGAGUGCAAUCUUGGCAGUUUUCUUGCCGACGGAAUGGUCCAUGAGUACACUGAGCUGAACGACGAUGAUGGCUGGACCUUUGCUGCGAUUGCAAUCAUGAAUCCUGGAGGUCUUCGAGCUCCCAUGGGAGAGUCACCAAACAUCACUGUUAAUGAUUUGUAUACUUGUCAACCAUUCCAAAAUACAAUUGAUACAAUUGAGCUGCAAGGAAAAGAUAUUGUUGAACUUAUGGAAUUGGCAGCCAGUCCACCUGCAUAUUAUAGAAGACAUGUACCCCGUUUUGCAGAAGGCCGUGGUUGCUUCCAAGUUUCUGGGAUGCAUGCUGUUUACGAUUUAAAUCAACCUGCUGGCUCUCGCCUUAAAAGUCUUUCACUGCGAUGCGCGCGUUGCAAGAUUCCCGAAUAUUUUCCAGUCAACUCGGAGGAAUGGUACACCGUUGCAAUGCCUUCCUUCCUAUCGGGUGGCAGUAGUUUUCCUUUGAUUUCGGAGAGAGGCAGGAAUAAAACAGUUGGACGAGUCGAUUUGGACGUCUUUGCCAAUUUCAUUGCAAAAUCAAGCCCAAUUGUGACUGCAGUUGAAGGACGAGUUACUGUAGUUUAAUUGAUUUAUGGUCUUAAAGAUCAAGAUUAGUCUAAAAUAAAAUUCAAGGUGAA